GAUGACAAGUCGAUUAACCGGGUUGUUACGUACCAUGCACGGCUUUGCGGGUGUUGAAGGAAAAGGUUCCUCUCAUGGGUCCGUUGACUUGCAAUGUACGGAGGUAGUAUUGCGGAGACGGGUCCCUCUAGCACACCUGCGGCUUUAUAUGUAAGGCAAGUUAUUACUACAUGGCAUGCACUGCGUACCCAGGGAGGUGCAUCGGCGUACGCACGAAAUCCAAUAGCCCGGCCUGCCAAUACUACAUGCCUUUCCCGGUGCUCUCAUUGGGGAGCUGGACAGAUGGAAGCCUUCUAGAAGAGAUCCAUCCAUUGCCCCGCCGCGGGUCCCUGAACCUGCCGACGCCGCCUGCCGUGGCCCCUGAAUUCCACUGUCAACCACCGAGGAGGAGGAGGACAACGGCAAGUGGGAAGAAGGGGGGAACAGCCGGGACGGUUUCUUUCCAAGACAAAUCAAGGCCGCCGGAUGUAGCACGCCGUACUCCGUACAUCGGGAUAGUACAGACGUUAGUCGACGGGAGGGAGGUUCGGCAAGACGGUAGGGAGCGGCGGCCACCUUGGUCAACUCGUCGGGUCUUUUUAAUUAAGCAGAGUCCCAGUUGGGCGGCCCGGACGGGAUCGCUGAUCGACGCGCAUGCUGCCGGCUGCGAGCGCUAAGGGCACGAGGCUCUGGGCUUUGGCCCUCGCUGCUAGGACGGUCCAUGUCCAUGCAGCCAGCGCCGUGGAGGAGGAGGCAGCAUGACGCCCAUGUCCCUGUCGCUGCAUUGUUGGGCCGGUGGACUGCUGUAUGU